CAUCACUGUUCUUUGCAUGUGCUUAUUGUGCUCUGUAUUUCCCCUGUAUUUAAACUUCACAUAACCCUUCAAAUAGUUUCAUCGAUUCAUUUUCUCUCACUUCUCCUCUGUUUUCAAACUCAAAACCACAAACAAAUUUAUAAAAGAAAAACCAAAAACAACAAACACUUCACAAAACCAACAUGUCAAAUACUUCAUCGUCUUCUUCUAUUUGGGUACUCUCUAACAUAAAGCUUCAAUUCUUUACUCGUAUCAAACGGUUUCUUCAAUCCAAAGCAACCCGAAAGCGCUGUGAAUCCUCCGAUUAUUUAAACAAAGAAAAAAGCAGAGCUGAACAGAGCAACAUUGAACAGAACAUGGUUGAAAAUAUUGAAACAGUGCAAGUUAUAGAGAAGCAUAAGGAGGAGGAGGAGGUGGUGGAAGAAACUGAAAUUUUGCUGCAAAAGACAGUGAAGAUGCUUCACUUUGGAAGCUGGGAAGAGAAGGAGAUAGCUGCAAAAGAGAUUGAAAGUUUAGUUAAAGAAGAUGUUAAGGUUAGAAAGUUGAUAACAGAACUUGGAGUGGUGCCGGUUUUGGUAUCUAUGGUGGCGUCACAGGUGGUUAGUCACCGGAGAGCAGGGUUGACGGCGUUGAUUUACCUAGCUGAUGGAACUUACACGAACAAGGCUAUGAUAGUGGAGGCAGGAAUACUAUCCAAAUUACCUAAGACAAUUGACCUUGUAGAUGAGUCAACCAUAAGUGAGUUUGCAGAGUUACUUUUAUCAUUAUCAUCACUUGCAAACACUCAAUACCCUUUUCCUUCAUUAGAUUUCCUUCCAGUUAUUAAAGACAUUCUUAAAAAAGACAUGACUUUUGAUACCAAAAGAUCAUGUUUAGGAGCCUUGUACAACCUUUCAACAAUGUUAGAAAAUGCAAGCCCUUUAGUUUCUUAUGGUCUUGUCCCAAUCCUCUUAGAACUUUCUUUAGUCAAAGAAAUUUCAGAAAAAGCUCUUGCUACUUUAGGUAACUUGUUGGUCACGUUAAUGGGUAAAAAAGCAAUAGAGAACAACUCAAUGGUGCCACAAAAUUUUGUUGAGAUUUUGUCAUGGGAAGAUAAACCAAAAUGUCAAGAGUUGUCGGUUUAUAUUUUGAUGAUUUUAGCACAUCAAAGUUCAUCACAAAGAGAUAAAAUGGCACAAGCUAGGAUUGUUCCUAUACUUCUUGAAGUUGUUUUAUUGGGGAGUCCUUUAGCUCAAAAGAGAGCAAUGAAACUAUUGCAAUGGUUUAAGGAUGAAAGACAAAUAAAGAUGGGACCACAUUCUGGUCCACAAACACCAAGAUUUGGAAUGGGGUCACCAUUAAAUCAAAGAGAUACAAAUGAAGGGAAGAAAUUGAUGAAGAGUUUGGUGAAACAAAGCUUGCAUAAGAAUUUGGAAAUAAUAACUCAAAGGGCAAAUGCAAAUGGGGAGUCCUCCAAACUCAAGUCAUUGGUUAUUAGCACAAGUUCCAAGAGCUUGCCUUAUUAAGACUUCGAAGUUGACUCAAUUUCUUUUUUCAUAUAUGUUUGAAUUGACGAUGAGUUUGACAUGAUUACGAUGGAACGCUGCCAUUUUUGACAAAAACUACACUGUGAAGCUACAACAAUGUUAUAGCGUCGAUCUUGGCAAUCUCAGCUGAUUCUCUAUAGUGGUUGCAAAAUUGUUACAUGAAUAUUUGAAUAUAAACGGUUGAAUUUGAACAUGAAAAUGUUACCUUGACAUUCAUUGCUACAAUACAAGGAUGGUCUUUUUAACGGGGUUGUUUAUUCUUCAAUUUCAAAAUCGGUGCUUAAAGAGUAUUAUCAUAAGAGGAUAUUUAAUUGACAUA